AUGAAUAACAAGGCGCGGAUCCCCGCUCCUUCCUCAGCCCGGGCAAACACCCCGACCCGGACACCUGCUCCCGUCCGAACCGCGACCCCAGUCAGGGCCCCGAGCCCGGCGCACAACCCGACUCCGGUCCGAACCACCGCCCGGGUCCGGACUCCUGCCCAAGUCCCUACCCCUGUUCCAAUCCGGUUCCCAACUCCAGCCCCAGCUCCUGCCCCAACCCUACCUCCAGCCCCAACUCCAGCUCCCGUCCCCGCCGUAGCACCGGUGCGGGCUCCGGCACCGGUCCGGGCCUCGCAUCUAGGUCGGGGCUUUCCAACGAUCUCUCCAGCGAAGUUCUUCCCGAGCUUGGCCUCGCCCACGGCACAGCCCCUUUCUUCCGUGGGUGCUAGCCCUCUCUCGAAGGAUCAAAAGCAGAGACCCUCGAUCCACAGCCUAGCGGAGGCCAUCCAGGGGCCCGUUCCAGUGCUCACUCCCUCGGCCUCCAAGACACGAGGCUCCAUACCAGACUUCGCCCCUCCAGUAGACUCCUUGGCUUCCACUGCAAUGCCCUCCAGUACAUUGGGCCCCAUUCCGGGCCCCAAACCUUCACUAGAGUUCUUGGCCUCUCCACUAAAAGAAACCCCUGAUCUGGGUGGGCUCUCCGCAAUUUCCCCAGCACUCAGCCUCGUUUCCACUAAGGAGGUCCCCUCCACCAGCGAGGACGUCCCAACGGCCAACAGAAUCUUGAUCCGUGUGAUGUACUGUGGCCUCUGAAGCUAUGGCCUUCGGUACAUUAUACUGAAAAGGACCCUGGAGCAUCAAUUUCCAAACCUUCUGGAGUUUGAGGAGGAAAGAGCUACCCAGGUUACGGGGGAGUUUGAAGUGUUUGUGGACGGGAAGUUGAUUCACUCCAAGAAGAAAGGUGAUGGCUUUGUGGAUGAGUCCGGUCUGAAGAAACUUGUGGGUGCUAUCGAUGAAGAGAUCAAGAAAAGGUAG